AUGGAAAUGGAAUGUAUGGUCCUUCCACCGAAGGCAAGACUAUAUGAACUUAAAUGUAGUGCCGAUUUCUCUUCUGAAGAAUUCAGUUACUCUAUCAAGACUUGGACCAAUAUGGCUAGUCUUCUUAUCAAGCAGGGGAAUAAGGCCGAGUCGAUUAAAGACGAUGAGUAUGCAUAUAUCUCUUAUGUACGAGCAUGUCUGAUUAUCACCAAGGUCAUCCCACAUCAGCCACAAUACUCAGCCAUGAUGAACGACAUUGCUUGCAUUGACCUUCGACAAAAGAUUUUGAGUAUCAUUGCGCGGAUAGGUCAUCUGGAACGUCGGCUAUUGAAGCGAUUCGAGCAGGAGAACCAAGAACGUUUGGCUGAAAUUCAACGGUCAGAAGCAGAGGCGGAAGCUGCGGCUGCGGCUGUGGCUGCGGCCUUUGCAACACCAGAAACAACCAUGUCAACCAUUUCAACAGAAUAUGAUAGUGACAGUCCCGUAAGCGAGCUUGCAGCAGGAGAAACAGCAAAGUUGAUGGUACGAAGAGCUAGCUUUAGUCAAGGAAGCGAUGAAGACCGGAGAGAAGAGCAAGCAGAUGAUGAUGAAGAAGAGGAAGAGGAAGAGGAAGAAGAAGAGCAAGAGGAUGUAGUCGAAGUGAGAUUUGAGAUCCCAUCGGAUCGUGGUCUGGCUCUAGAGCUAAAUUCUCAGAUCUAUGCAUCAAACCCUCAUCGACGAACUCUUACCGGUAACGAUGACACAUGGAGCACGUCAUCCUAUGGUGACCAACAGCGGUUAUACCACCCUCAGCAUCAACUCCAGUAUGUAUACCAAGUACUCGAAAAGCGUUCACAUGAAAGCCUACCGACACUCAAGAAAAAGAGUAGCAACGAAGAUGAACGCUUGUUGAUAUCACCGGGAUGUCAGCCCAAUUAUAGUGCUUUGGCGCCGCCAUCCGCAAUGUUUGCACGCCAAGAAGGGGCCCAUGUCCGAAGAUGCUCAUCUACAGACGCGAUCCGCUCAAGUGCCUUUUUCCCCGCCGACACACAGCUUCCAUAUCUUACAGCAACUCAACAAUCAACAACAACGCAAAAACCAGCGGCUGCAGCAAGGGCAGUAGCACCCGCAGUCCCACGGAGAUCUAGCCAGAGAGGUUCUGCGGCGGCACCUUUAGUUAUGGCUGCCGUGAGCCGAAGUAGCAAGAAUAGUCAUAAUGGUGGUAGUUACGAUACAGUACCAGAACACACAUGCUCCGCACCUACAUCAAGUAUACUGGAUUGUGAGGGCGACAGGACCGUAUACACGCGUGAGACCCCGAAGAGCCAGCUCAAUGACCAUCGAACAAUGAGUAUUAAUGACAGCAACAGCUUCAGGAUACGAUCAUCAACGUCGCCCAUCACGUCUUCACCAUUAUCUUUCACAUCCUCAACUAGGAAAAUAUCUUUUUUGAAGGAAAGCAGCUCAGUCACAAAUCUUCUUAGGAGCUUGCCAUCAACUCCUAGAGCAUCCAUUGAUCGGUUGGAGGCUACUCAGGGGGCAAGCUCAUCACCCUCAGCAGUGGUGCCAUCGUUAGGUUCAGCUGAUCAGUCCCCAGUGCCAUCCUCAGCAUUUUUCACGCCGUCCACGUCUCCGCAAUUGAAGUCCAACAGUCCACACAUGCACCAUCACUCAUACUCAUUGACAUCCAUAGUGCCUGGAUCCACUAGUCCGGAUGUUAAUUCUAUUUCAUCGUCUACAACUAGUCUUUUGCUCUCUGAACCUCCCUUGGAUUUACGGGCACAGGUGCAGACGGCUACCAACGCUACAACGACACCAACGAACCCCUCUCCUACACAGAGCAGUGUCACUACAUUUACCACGGGCAAAAUAUCAUCUGGGCUGUUACGUAAGAUUCGUUCCCGGCCAAAGAUGAAAGAACAAUUGUUUGAAAUGAUAGUAGGACCUACACCAUCGCUACCCAUGUCAGCGUCACCGCCUAUGGAGGUAGCUGAGCAUAUUCGACAGCAUUCCAAUUCGCAUCAUCAACAUUCUAUUCGAGUUGUCGUGUAA